CCCUCCCCCACAACCCAGCUGGAAUAUAAGAGGCGCACCAGUUAUACCGGUCUCAUUAUUCCCCCCUGAACGUCCGUCAUGAUGCGUGGAAGCGGCGUGGUUGCUGGAGUGGUGGUGUUAAUGGUGACUUUGGCAGUGGUAACCUCGCAGAAUGUAGGUGGUGGCAACCAAGGGUGCCGCUACUUCUGCAGGACGCCCACCAACGCUCUCUACUGCUGCGAGGACGAGCGUUCCCCAAUCAAUCGGCCUACAGUGAAACCCUUGCUGUGCCCUGCAGUUGGGACAAGGUGCAACCCUUCCAGCUUCGCCAUCCCCUGCAGCAACGACGGCGCCUGUCCCGGCAACAACAAAUGCUGCUACGAUGUGUGCAGGCGGAGACACAUCUGCAGCCCUCCUUCCUUUACCUAACUUGUACUCCUCGUACUGGUAACAUCGACGUACCCCUCUGACUUGCCAGUACGGUCAUUCGUCUGCUAUUCUACUGAUGUGCAAUGGACGUUUUUGUGAAGAAAUCUAUGAGUAUCUAUAGAGUUUGGACAAUCUAUGAGUAUUUAGAGAGCUUGGACAAUCUAUGAGUAUUUAUAGAGCUUGUACAGUCUAUUAGUAUCUAUGGAGCUUGUACAAUCUAUGAGUGUCUAUAGAGCUUGAAUUUAAGCACAGAACGGAAAAUUGUACAGAUAAAUACUUGGUUCAAAUAUGCAAGUUUAUAAUCUCUUUCAAAAUAAAUAUAUAUUUAUUCAUUUUAACCACGAUUAACUAUACUCUUUAAGCACGUUUCGAAACUAUAUGAUGACAAAAUUACAGUCUAGUGUAUAAAUUUUAUAAAUUAGAAAUAAAAACUACGAAAAUG